AUGGCAUCCAGCAAUGGUGGUGAAGGACCCUCAGGGACCAAUACAGGCCCCGCGACACCGAUCGCAACCAACAACACAACCACUGCCCCUCUGUACGGAACUGGAGCACCAGAAGACAGAGACUGGGACACAGUGGAAGAUGUGACAGAUACAAUCGGAGAUCAAGGUGAAGGACUGCCAGCGAUUGGCAGCUUCGUACUUUACAAGCUUGAACCGCUUCUCAAAGAGAAGGAAGAUUUCGACAACUGGUUCAAUGCUGUCUCACGAAUCCUCGAAGGUCACGGCCUUCAGCGUCUAAUUGACAAAAACAUACUACGACCAACCCGAAACUCACCGAAUGCGGAAACAUGGAUGAAGCUUAGCAUGCAAGUCAGUUCCUGGCUUCGUAUCUGCAUUGACCCCGACGUCGCGAAAUACAUUACUUCGAGCGGAAAGCGAACCAAGUGGGCGGAUGACUUUAUGCAUGAAUGCAAGCUUCACAUGCGUGGUGAGGGACAUGGCGCACUGAGUGCAGCAAUGGUCAAAUUCAUGGGAACGAAGAAAGCUGAGUUCUCAACAACCACAGAGUUUAUUGAAGCUCUACAACAAAGAUUCAAAACGGCCAAUGAUCUCAAAGCCGGCCUACCCCCGUACGCGGCUAUUGUGAUCAUGGUUACGCAGCUACAGGAGAUCACUAAGCUACGUAGCGCCAUCGAGAUCAAGAACAACGAGCUGAAAUCGAUCAAAGAUCCGUCUGCAGAGUUGACAAUUCAGGAUUUCUUCCUAUACUGCUCUGAGAUGAAGGAUAAGAUCAAAGAAUUCGGCAUUGACGGCGGCUUCGGUGCCAAUGCGACAGCCACAAAGACACCGAAGCAGGGACAACAGCAAUCCCAGUCUUCAACCGAGAAGAAGGACAAGCUUACCAAUGCUCCCCCACCCGGUAAAUCAGCAUGGAAGCAUGUUAACGAAUGGAAGAAACACAAAACCCAGCGUACAGCUACUGGCAAUUGCUCCUAUUGUGGAGGACAAGGCCAUGAUGCUAAGGACUGCUACUAUCUAGUGGCUGACGAUCGUCCUUCGAACUGGAAACCGAAGCCUGGCUUAUGGUACUGGAAGACAAAAGAGCACUUUCAUGAAGAUAAAAGCCAGCAACUGACGGGCAAGCCUACUGAGCGAACCAAGCAGGCUAACUUCGACGCCGUCGCUUCAUCUGCAACAUCAAAGGAUGACAAAGUGUACGACUUCGCCGGCAUGGCGGUUGCACUUGACGAUCCAAUUGACGAUCCAAUUGUCAAUGCAGUUGAUACUGCAAACAAGAUUCAGACCGAAGAUGUCUACGCACCAGACAAUAUUGAAACGGUCUACAUUCCAGACAACAUCCAGACUAUCCUGGAAGAUGACACCGAGUCAUCUGGCUUCGCCGGCUCGGCAACAACUUCAUCUACUCGCCAGCUUCGUGCCGGCAUUGACUGGAUCCUGGAUUCAGGAUCAUCGUGGCAUAUCUGUACAAACAGAGAGCUCUUCAUUACAUACGACGAAUACAAACCUGGCACAGCGCCAGGAUGGGAUUCAAGCACGGGACAUGGAGCCGAAGCAAUUGGUCAUGGAGAUAUCAUUCUUCCGAUUCGAAAGCCAGAUGGUUCUCGCCAUGAACUAAAGCUCCAUUGUCAAUACAGACCAGGCAACAAAUUCAGCCUUCUUGGAUACCUUGCCGCUCACAUAACACACGGCAUGAUCUGGAACCCAGAAGACAUGCUAAUCAAAACCAAAGAGGGGACUAUUGGCUACACAUUCGUGGCGAAGAACGUCCCAUUCAUUGAGCUUGCCAACGAGCCAUUCCCAGUCCAAUAUCACGACGAUGACAAAGAAACCGGUGUUGCAUACACAACGAUCUCUGCUGAACUAGCCCAUCGUCGACUGGGCCAUGCCGGAAGCUACAAAGGAAGAAUCAACAAGGACAAGCUUGGUUGUGACGUCGGUAGCGAGCACUAUGACUGUGAAGCAUGCGGCAAAGGGAAGUCGAAGAAGAUCAUCUCCCGGGACCGCCAAGCUAGAUCAACUAAGGUUGGACAACUUCUUCAUAUUGAUCUUCAUCCUGUCAAGCCAAAAGGACUUGAUAAGAUCACCGGCAAAUACGACAGAGAGCAUACCAUGAUCAUCACAGAUGACUACUCUCGAUUCCGAGUGGCACUUCAUCUCGCCAAAAAGAGUGAUGCUUCGCGAGUCCUACAAGAAUGGACAGAGCAAUUCAAAGAGCAUACUGGUUACUACCCCACUGAAUGGAGAUUUGACAACGGCACAGAGUUUCACCAAUUCACCAAGUGGGCAAAGAGCAAGUUGAUGCUUGUCAGUCCUUCUGCGGCGUACGCUCAUGAACAAAACGGCGUAUCUGAAUUCAGCGGUCACUAUAUCAUGCAAGUGGCAAGGACAAUACACCUUGACGCAGAGAUAGCACCGAAGGAGCUGUGGACAGAGGCAGUUAGCGCCAGCACCUACAUCAUCAAUCGACUGUCUCGCUCGGGGGGUGAAGCACCAAUUCUAGCUUGGAGAAAAGCUAUGAACCUUCGUGGAGACGAAAGCACAGUCAACCUGUCAUUCUUACGAGUAUGGUACUCGAAAGCUUACGUCCAUAAGCCAAAAGAAACCCGCAUUCAAAGUAUGAAGAUGGAUCCUCGAGCAUGGAUCGGUUAUCUGGUGGGAUAUGAAGGUGACAACGGUCAUUGCUACCGCAUUUACAAUCCUACCACAAAGAAGGUUUCUAUUCAUAGAGACGUUGUCUUCUUUGAACCAAGAGCACCACAGUCAUAUGACGGUGCUAAUGAUCUCAAGAUCGGAGAAGAAGAAACCGUCAUUGAUGGCCCUCCACCUGGCAAGACACAGUUCUCAAUCAGCGAGCCAGUUUUCAAAACGACUCGCCAAGCGAUGAAAGAUCUUUCUGUUGCACCAAUUACACCAGGAAAGAUCAUUGGAGAGAUCACUGAUCAAGGACAUGUUAGCUCAGGGGAAGAGCACCAGGAUCACCUAGAUGCUUCAUUGUUUUCGGAAGGAAGCUCUGUCAAUACAGAGGAAGCUGAAUUGUUCUACAAUACACAGGAGGAUACCCUAGAAAAUAGGGUACAAGCAUUACGACUGAAAGAGCCAGAGACGCCAAUUCGUCAAGUUCAACAACAAGCUUCUCCUCCAAGAACAGGGCAAGUUCACCAGCAACAAGCUUACCGUCAAGAGAGAAUUGACUACCCUAGACUGCCAGAGAUCUAUAAAGAACCGGCUACGCCUUCUCCUACGCCGUCACCAUUGACAGGCACCCAACAAAACCAGAUCAACCUCGCGAGACAGGUGGUUGAAAACGAGAUCCGACCAUCACCGAACCCGGCCCGUCUCGAUCCACCGGAAAGAUUCCAACCUACGAAUGCGACCCCCACUACCACCGCCGUACGACGAUCUCCACGAUCAACGAAGGGCCAGAGCCCAGAACGAUACCAAGACUUGAAGUGGAAGAAAUACGGCGAACCGGACCGAAGUGGAGGAUCACAAUGCGCCGUGGUAGGAUCGGUGGCAAGUGGUGGAGAUAGAGAUGGAGACAUGGGAUUGAUGCCAAACGACUACUAG